GAAGUAUUAGUAUUGUUCUGGAAACAGUGUAACAAACGUUCCGCAGCUCUUUCCAGUUUGUUAUUUACUGUCAUUUCUCGGCACAGAUUAGUUAUUUCGGGUCUUCGGGAACCGGUCGAAGCACUUUACCGAUCUGUUGAAGAGGAUUACCGUCAGAAGCGUCCACACCGUGAGGAGCAGCGAUGGCGUCGCCGCUGGAGAUGACGGAGAUGUACGACAACGCUCUGCUGGGAAUCCUGCAGCACGUCGGCAACAUCCAGGACUUUCUGCAGAUAUACUUCGGCUUUCUGUACCGCAAGACGGACUUCUAUCGCCUGCUGUCCGGUCCCGGCGACAAGAUGGGCUUCCCCCCGGGAGUGGCGGAGAAGAUGGUGCUUAAGACAUUCAAGUUGUUUGAGAAGCUGGCAGAACACGACAGAGAGAGGAUGCUGAGUGAGCUGCAGAGGAGAGAGGAGAGUAGAGGUGUUCCUCCGGCGGUUCAAGAGCUGGAGGUUCCCUCUGAGCCUCACCAGGAGACGCAGGAGCAGAGCACAGAGGCGGCACAGGUCGAGAGCUCGCCCUCAGAUGCUGCAGAUGCUUCAGCUCCUUCAGCCUCGGGUGCGACCACCAGCAGCAGCAGCAGCGGUGGUCCAGCAGCGCAGGGAGAUCAAGCAGCUGCAGCCGGCACAAAGUCAGCUGAACAAAAUCAGGACACGUUUCAGUCCAACCCUGACAGUUACAAUGGGGCAGUGAGGGAAAACUACAGCUGGUCUCAGGACUACAUGGACGUGGAGGUCCGAGUGUUUGUUCCCAAGACGGUUGUUAAAGGCAGGCAGGUCAGCGUCAAUCUGCAGACCAGCAGCAUGCGAGUGAGUGUGAGGGACGGAGCCGAGGACAAAACGCUGAUGGAGGGAGAAUUCACACACAAGAUCAACACUGAAAACUCUCUGUGGAGUCUGGAACCUGGAAACUGUGUGGUUCUGUCACUCAGCAAAACCUCUGAGGUUUGGUGGAACGCUGUGCUCAAAGGCGAAAAGGAGAUUGAUAUAAACCAGAUUAACCGUGAACGCUCCAUGGCAACAGUCGACGAUGAGGAGCACGCUGUCCUGGACAGACUCACGUUCGACUACCACCAGAAGCUGCAGGGAAAGCCGCAGAGUCACGAAAUGAAAGUGCAUGAGAUGCUGAAGAAGGGUUGGGAUGCCGAAGGGUCGCCGUUCAAAGGGCAGCAGUUCGACCCGUCCAUGUUUGACAUCCCGCCCAGUGCGGUGCAAUUCUGAAAUGCAGCCAAAUAUGAACUGAAUCUAGUUUAUUCACAGAGCCGGUGGCAGAGAGGCGACGUUCACCUGCCGAGCUGAACUGCUGGACGUUUGUUUUUAACUGUAGAAGCUGCAUGUCAGGGUUUGUGGGUUUGGAAAGGGAGUAUUCCCACCUUGGUUCAGACGAGGAUGUGUCAUUAGACGUUUAUUUGAUGUUUUGGCAAUUUGAAAUCUGAUAAAUCUGAUUAUUUAAUAA